AUGACGAGCGUUCAGCAAAACGCCACUAAUGACGACAACGAAUACGAUGAUCUCGUGUCAAUCAUUAGCAGGUCUCUAGACGGAGCCCGUGACGGGUCCGUACAUGAACAAGCUAUCACACGUAGUCAUAAUUAUUUGAUGAAACAUACAUCAACAGAUCAUUGGUUUUGCAACAAGCGUCUAUACCCCAUAGCCACCUACUCCUUAAUCCUUUUUUCAUUUCCAAAUAGCUCAUAUGGUACAGAUCUACAACCAAGCUAUGCCAAGUGUCUAACUACAUGCGAAAAAUGCCAGCGCUAUUUCAAUAAGGGGAAGGCCGAAUUGAGACUAAGCUUUGCAACAAAGCGAAGAAUCCCAAUCGCCAAUGUUGAGCAAUUUUUGAAUACAAUUACAGCAUGGGAAUGUUCAAUUUUAUCUCCAUUGAUAAAAGCAUCAUACCAGUGUCUUAAUGCGAUGCAUACAAAUACAGAUGAAAAGCUCAAGAUUGCAGUUUAUUGGUGCUUAAAUAAUCCGAACAUAUUGAGGCAAUCUGGACCAAUCAAAGAUACAUUUUUGAGCAUAAUUUCACAAUUGGUAAACAGACUGGAUGAUUACGUACCUCCAAAUUUGCUUCCGGGGUUAGUGUAUUUAAUGUUUGAAGGGGAAGGUGAUGAGAAGUCAUUGGUGACGCGGUGGAUCAAAAAAUUGAGACAAAAUCAGGUGGUUUAUGAUAAAAUGGGACUCAGUGAAGCAGUUAUUCAAGAGUUUGAUAUUCAUUUGUACAAAAUACAGGAUCCCUCCUUUUACACCGACAAAAAUGCAAUCAAGUUCUGGCAAAACUUCAAUAACCUUGUGGACUUUACUGAUGACGAUGCAUUUGAAACGAGGCUCAAUGUGCCAGCGGACAUUGAGGUCAUGAGCCAACACAAAAAUCUAAGACUUUACCCCGUCAUUAGACUACUUGCAAAUAGUUUGAUGUCAAACUUGAACGAACCACUACCGACAUUGUUGAAAGUAUUUGGAAAACUCUUGUGUCGCUUGAAUUCGCGUUUUUGGAUAACUACUGGACCCAUAAACCACCUGCAGAUUAUAGAUUGCAUCAAAUUUAAUCCUGCAUUCCGUAAACAAUUGUUGCAAGCAUCGGCGGAGGGGUGUGCAUUGAACGAUUGGAUUUUGGAUGACUUGUUACAGUGGAUGCCCAGAAUAAUUGAAUCGAUUGCUCUGUCUGAAAGAGAGAAUGUGUGCUUAAAAUUGGGCAUGUUUUUAUUGAACUUUUCAGUUGGGGGCACAUCAUCAGCUAAUGAUCCAAGCUUGAAAAGAGAAAUAUACGUGCGAAAUUUUGGCUGCAAUCUAUUCAACAGAGUUUUUGAUUUCGACGAUGAGGGUGACUUGAGUGAUGCAAACUACGCCAUCAAGCUACUGACCUACAGACACUUAAGGGCAAGGAUUGAUUGCAUCGGUGAAGCGUUAAUUGCAUUAGCUAUCAAUGCAAAAAGUGAGUGUGCAAUCGAACUCAUCACCAAAUGCAUUAGGUAUGAUAUUGCCAUUUUGAGCCACAACAGUGUGUUGUUGCUUGAAUAUAAAAUCCCCAUAUUAUUUGACACCUUUCCAAUGCUUUGGGAAGCUUUGGCCAAGUCAAAAAUCAACUCCGAUGUAAAUCUUGCAAAAGAAAUUAUGAAGAGUUUGAAAAAAUUGAUUGUUGUAAUACGAUUUCAUCCUACCAAAGUUGAAGGUGUGAACAAACGAUUAACAGAGGCAAAAGAGCAGCAUGCAAGAUCUUUGGACACUGUAAUCAAGUAUGUGAACCUGAUAUUUGGUAAUAUCAGUCUUGCACCUCAGAUACUACUCAAAGAUUUACUAAAUAAUUCGCAAUGCGUUGACACCAUAUGGUCCUGUAUUUUUUCACCUUUGUGCACUCAAUCAGCUUUAGAACUUUUAAGUCAAGUGUACGAUGGUAGUGGGAGAUUUGAGUGCAUCGAGGAAAGUUUGAACCACAAUUUCAAACUAACAUUGAGUGCAAUAAACUCCAGCGUCUCAGUAUUGACUAACUUGGAGGCAUUCGAGCCAACACCCAAAGCAGUUAGAAUUGUAAUGGAUGUGGUGUCGGCAUUAACCGAUCCGUUGAGUUCAAUUUUGUCACUGCCAGAUGUUUCCAGAGCCUAUAAAGAUGUUGAACAAUUUUGGAGUUCGAGCUUGUUAUUUUUGAUCAUGAUAUACCAGAAAGCAAUGCUUUGGGCAGGCAAGUACCACAUGCACGAGUUGGUGGACUUUACUCGGGACACUUUAGAUUUGAGUCGACUUUUGUUGGAAUCAUUUGUCUCAUUUGCUGAUGCAGUUACUCCUCAUGCUGGUGAAAAGUCAGCGCCCGACUUAUUUGCUGUUUUCAUGAAUGCAUUUCAGUAUAUGGUGACUUGGCUUAAAUUAGGCGAUACGGCUCUUUUAGAUUCGUGUGUGUCUCUAGUUUUCAAAGUUUUUGACUUGGCCAAUGACAGGAAUUUUGUGUUGGACGACAGUAUUCUUGAAAAACUUGCAAACUUUGGAGUUAAAGCUAAGAAGUUCAACAACAAAUUAACCGAGGUUCAAAGAAACGAAAUUAUAUCACGAGCAAAGUCAGUCAACCCAAAUUUGGUCAACAAGAUUGUUGAAGAAGCCAAUGUGAAAGAAAAACUGAAAGUUGAAUUCGUUAGAGAGGUCUCGCCAACUACAGCAAACAAAUUUCAAACUAGUUCAAAGCAGCAACAAACAUUGGCUAGAUUUGGACAUAUUUCAAGUGAACCCCCGGUCGCGCCACUGCCGAAGGAAGUCAAGGGAUUGAACAGCCUCGACAAUAUUCGUCGGGAUUUGAAAAACUCCCGAGUUACAUCAAAACCUGAAAAAGUACCUGUACAUGCACCUGCUCCUCCUCGUCCGGCUGGGUUCAAUUCAAAGAAGGCGCCACCAGUGAUAGGCCGAUCUUUGAACACUCUUAGGGCAAAGAAAGUUGUGUCGGAUUCGUCUGAUGAUGAAGGUGAUAUAGAUACUAGCGACCUCUUUGUUAGCAAGAAAAAGGCUUCUAAGAUCACCGAGGUUGAUUUGAAUGGGAAAGCGAUUCGCCUGAUAGAUAGAAUGCCUCGGAAAAGAGCACAUUCUGAGAAGCUGGAAAAGGAAAGGAUGAGAUUAAGAUUAAAUGUCGAUCUUAAAUCUUUAUAUCUCAAUAUCUUGCAAUGGAACUACAAUUUCAAAAAUGACUACCCCUCAAAUGACAGAUCAGCGUACACCAAGGUUAAAGACCAUUACAAUGAUGUUAAUGAGUAUGUGUCAACUAUGGAGCCAUUAUUCAUGCUCGAGUGCUGGCAACAGGUCCAAUCAGCUAGAGAUACAGUUGACGAAGACCCUUUUGAGAUCCUCGUUGGGACGAGAACAUCAGUGGAUGGAUUUUAUGAUGUAUUCACGUCAAUGAGCAAGAAAACCAUCGAGAAUAGAAAGUUGACAGAAAGCGAUUUGCUUGUACUCGCAUGUGAUAACGAAUCGAUAGCCCAACCCAAGGAAAGAAGAAAGUAUAUGAAGUCUGAAAGCACUCCGACAUGUUUGGCGAAAAUUAGACAAAUCAAAUAUGUUAAUCAUGAGUAUUCUGAUGUUACUUUGCGGAUUGCAAGGACCUCGCCGCUCGUGGCAACUCUAGCCCCUAAAGCAACUAUCCUUGGUAUGAGAGUAAUGCAAAUGGUGACAGCAGAAAGAGAAUAUUCCUCGUUGCAAGGGUUGCAGUAUUAUGAUUUGGUAGACUCAAUCAUUCUGGCAAUACCUACUGCCCCUACGCAAGUCGCAGACAAGGAUGUGGAACACAUGCUUAAACUCUACGAUGUCAAUAUGUCUCAAGCAAAGGCCAUCAUUGGCUCUUACCUGAGUGAAGGAUUCUCCUUGAUUCAAGGUCCCCCAGGAACAGGUAAAACAAAAACUAUUUUAGGUAUUGUAGGAUAUUCAUUAUCCCACGGAAGGAAUGAAAAAGCCAUCGACAUGCCUUCCAAGGCUCCGUCGCCAUCAGAAAAGGCCAAGAUUUUAAUAUGUGCACCAAGUAAUGCUGCCGUUGAUGAAUUGGUUGUGAGAUUAAGAAAUGGGGUAAGGAACUCAAAAGGUGAACAUAUGCCGUUAAAGGUUGUUCGACUUGGACGAAGUGAUGCUAUUAAUCCAGCAGUGAGGGACUUGACGUUGGAAGAGUUGGUAGAUAAAGAGUUGCAAACUAAGCAAGUAGACGUUGCAGCAGAUCCAAAUCUCAGGACUGAACUCACCAAAAAGACGCAAGAAAAAGAUAGGCUUAGAUCUAGACUCAACGACGAGACAUUAGAUCCAAAGGAGAGGGAGAGCGUUCAGCAGAUGUUGCGUGAAAUCAACAAGCAAAGAAGUGAACUCACUAAGAAACUUGAUGAGCAAAGAGAGCGCACGUCUAUUGCCUACCGAAACAAGGAGAUUGAUAGAAGAAAUAUUCAAGCCAGAAUCUUGUCGGAAGCACACAUCUUGUGCUCUACAUUAUCAGGAUCUGCCCAUGACUUGGUUGCCAAUUUAUCGGUGACAUUUGAUCAAGUGAUAAUUGACGAGGCUUGUCAGUGUUUAGAGCUGGCGGCAAUCAUUCCACUUCGGUAUGGUUGUAGAAAGUGUAUCAUGGUUGGUGAUCCAAAUCAAUUACCGCCUACGGUAUUGUCUCAAGCAGCUGCAUCGUUCAAUUAUGACCAGAGUUUAUUUGUGAGAAUGCAGCAAAAUCAUCCCAACUCAAUUUACUUGUUGAAUACGCAGUACAGAAUGCACCCCCUGAUUUCAAAAUUUCCCAGCGCUGAGUUUUAUCACUCUAAGUUACUUGAUGGACCUGGGAUGAAGGAAAAGAAUACUCGACCUUGGCACCUGGUUGAGCCUUUGACGCCAUAUAGGUUUUUCGACAUUGUUAGUCGACACGAGAAGAACGAGUUGACACGAUCGUUGUUUAACACAGAAGAAGCCAAUGUGUGUUUGCAAUUGGUUCAAAAAAUGAUGGCCAUGGUUCCGCAAGGGGAAAUCGCUGGAAAGAUUGGUAUCAUUUCGCCAUACAAAGAGCAAAUCAGGACCAUCAAAAGUGUGUUUGAAAGAGCGUAUGGAAGAAUAAUUUUCAACGAAAUUGAUUUCAAUACUGUGGACGGUUUUCAGGGUCAGGAGAAAGAGAUUAUCAUUAUGUCCUGUGUUCGAGCUAGUGCUAAUGGAAGCAUUGGAUUUUUAAGUGAUAUUCGUCGUAUGAAUGUGGCACUUACUCGUGCAUGCACAACUUUGUGGAUAUUGGGUAACAAGAGCUCAUUGGAGAGAAAUGCCGUGUGGAAGAGAUUGCUAGACGAUGCUGAGAAUAGAAAUGCGGUCACAAAGGCACAUUCGGGGUUCUUAAGCAGCUAUGCAAGUACGUCGACAUUCAAGCCUACGGAGAGAGCUUUGAAGCGGCCUCAAAAUGAUGGACAGCAAUCUAAAAACAAAAAGCAAAAAGCUAAUUUGAAUCAAGGCUUGCCAAAGAAACCGACCAGUGGAUCUCUACCUGCAUUAGCAAACCAAAUGCCAUCAUCGACAAGCUCAGUAAAACCAAUCCGUUCCGGAACUCUUCCAGUCAGACCAGGGAGUGCAGGUUCAGUGGUGGUGGAAACUAAACCAAGUGAAGCAAAAGUUGUUAAUGGGAGAUCAGUUACGCAAGCGGGACCAGUACCACCUAAUCCAAUUGAGAAGAAGUCGUCUGGUAAUUCUAAUGUUGACAAUCGUCCAAAACCAAGUUCUUCUGGCACACUUCCAAAGCGACCUGUUGGUCCAACAUCUUCAGGCAUGGUGCUACCACCAAAGCCACAGACUCCAAGCAUGUUUAUUCGAAGGAAACCACCUAAAAGGUGA